CUUCUCAUGAGGGAUACCAUGACAACAUCCACUUGCUUAUCGUUGAAAACGAUUCCUCUAAUACCCAGACGAGGAACUCUUGGAUUAAACACCGCCAAGUCUGUAGCAACCUGCGUACACUCACCUUUCAACAUCUUUAUUGCUUAGGGGGAGAUAUUUUCUGGAAAAGCUCUUCAUCUCUCCCCCUGCAACAUCAAAUGCAUCAACCACCUCAUCUUAUUCUACCUUAAAAUCCAGCAUAAGCAUAUCAGGAAAACGAAGAGGGUAUUUAGCAACCGGCACCACCGGGGAUGAUCUGCCAACCUUCAUGCCGUCAAGAUUGGUUUGGAAUUUUUAAUUUCUGUCAUGGGGAAGAGUUUUUUGAAGAAUUUGGGUGAUGAGAAGCCUGCAACCGAGGAAAAAGAGGCAACAUAUGGAAACAAGGAAAGCCCUGUUAAUGAAAGUGAAGAAAAGGAGCCUGAGGACAAGGAGAUGACACUGGAAGAAUAUGAGAAGGUGCUGGAAGAGAAAAGAAAAGUCCUGCAAGCACUCAAGACUGAAGUGAAAAAGGUGGAUGCAAAGGAGUUUGAAUCCAUGCAGCCACUUUCCCACAAGAAAGACAAUGAUGAGAUCUUUGCUAAAUUGGGAUCUGACAAGGAUAAGCGCAGAGAUGCUAUUGAGAAGGAGAAAUCAAAGAAGGUAAGCAACACAACAAUGAAAAUGACUCCCUUGCCAAGAAUUGCGACAGGAUCAAUGAGCAAGCUGAUUCUCCACCUCUGGUGGCUUCUCUGUCUUCGAUACCAGCAUGGAUUCAGGGUGAAGAGGAGCACAGCGGUGUAUCCAGCAAGUCGUCCUUUUCCUCCUCUGAUUCUCACCAUCGAUGGAAACGAUUUUGGGUAUUUCAUCUGUUAUCUAAAAGCAAUGAGGGCGAGUGAAGCAGCAAGCACCAUUGAAUGCCGAGUGGUGAACCCUCUGAAUGAGUGUCACGGUUUUGAUGCUGCUCCUUUUUCCAUGUUCCGCGUUCCUAACCUCGAUUAUGUGGUGCUUUUUUGGUGUUCAACACCGCAGCACAUUGAUUAUGGUGGUGAAUCACCCCCCAUGAGGUCAAUGUUAGUAGGUUUUGGUUGCUCAAAAGUUCCUUCUUAAUGAUAGUGUUUUUUUCUCUGCAAUUUUAGGGUGAGUCUAAUUCUUCCACUACAUUUUGUUCAACAUUUUUUCUCCUUUCGUUUCAUUUUGUAUUCUGCAUUGAGUGAAAUUAUGUUAUUAUUGAUGAAGGUUUGAUCUCUCAAGUUCUGAAAUUAUGUUUUGCUACUGAUGUUGUGGGUCUCUCUUGAGGUCCUAUUUUCAUGUGAGUAUGUCUUCCAUUGUUUGUUUUAUGUCAAAAUAAUUUACUAAACAUAUGACUUUGCCUAUUGUAGCAGAUAAUGUUUGCCUGAAUAUAUCACGCCAUGGUUCAGCAAAAUUUUAUUUUAUAUAUUCAAUCUCCAAUACUCAGGACUAGGCUCCUCCACCUUCCUCCUUGCUUGCAAAAUCUGGCGGUGCCAAGAAGAAGGUUUGCGUUUCUCUCUUUUUUUUGGUUUCGUUUCUUUUUCUCCCCUUAAUGUAAUAUCUCUUGAUGGGAGUAAUCGGUUGGAUUUUUUUUAUUAUCCAUGAUGGGUGUCAGAGCUCACAUAAAAAAUUUGAUACCAAUCAUUUUCUACAAAGAAUAAAUUUUUGUUAUGAUUUAUGCAAUAUGAAAGAUGGGGUGUGUGGUAUAAAGGUCAUAUAUUUGUGCUAACCAUAGGUGGAGCAAGGGAUCGAAAAAGGAUCAAGCCAGCUAUGACAAGCUUCUCACUGAAGCACCCAAAUACAAACUCCUCACUCCUUCCAUUCUCUCUGAAGUCUGAUUGUUUAAGGAUGUCUAUUUUUCUCCCUGUCUUUUAGUUAGUUCUGAUAUAUAUUAUUCAUGUUGAUGAGGAAUCAUGUGUUGGUGUUGUUUUGGUGCAUGUUCUGUGUUAUGGUCACAUUUGAUCUCAUUUCGUACUUGACGCUGAGACAGGUGGAGUUGUCGGAGUAAGACCAAACAAUGGUGGAUGAAUGUUUAAUGGCAAGAUUUCGCUUGACAAAAAGGUUUGCUUUCUGUUUCUUUGAUUUACAUCUUUGUACCUUUAGGUAAUGCCAUCUGCUUCUAUAUUUAUUUUUCUAUUAUCUCAUUAAAAAAACCUAUUUUUCCUUACUAUUGUUUUAUACAUGUUCCGCUCCUCUGCUGCGUGUAAUGAACACAAGUGGAGAUGAUCAGGAAGUGGGGGUCCUGGAGUUUAUCAGGUAAACUUCUUUAUUAACUACUUUAUCCAUCUCUUAUGGUCAAGAAUCUUGGUCCACUGAUUGCGCUCCAAAAACAUGCUUUUCUGACACUUUUGUGAGGAGGCUGGGUUUGUGGAUGUUGCCCAUGUUCCUAAGCUUUCAAUGCUGGAAAUAUUUCAUGGACUGCAGGUACAUCCAACUUCACAAAGCUGUAAAGUGUACCAAGAUAUAGAAAAACUAUAAAUUGUAUCAAGUUUUCAUGUUUUCUCAACUUUCUUUCUUUUGUGGGCUUAGGAUUUCCAACCACUAAAGUUAUCAGUUGUAAUCAGGUUGAUUAUAUAUUUAGGAGAAUUAUCAUGGCAGCACAUGUAUGUAAUAUUUAGCAGUUUCAUCA